CUUUUUAUUUUUUUUUUUUGUUUUUUUCUUUCCUUUUUGCCAUGCGUGCUCAGCUUUCUGUGGCUGCCGUUCUGGCGCUGUUUGCGGUUGCCGCCUACGCUGCCGUCCCCGCCGACAAGGUGACCACCCUGCCCAACUACCAGGGCAAGCAGUUCCCUGCCAUGUACUCUGGCUACCUGCAGGCCGCCCCGACUCGCUUCUUGCACUACCAGCUCGUCUUCUCGACCGAAGUCGAUCCCAACAUUGCUCCCUUGGUCCUGUGGCUGAACGGCGGCCCGGGCUGCUCCUCGCUCGAUGGCUUCUUCUAUGAGAUGGGCCCCUUCAAGUUUGUCUCGUCGUACAACGCCACCGCUCUCCCCACCCUCGUCGACAACCCGUGGGCCUGGACCCGUGCUGCCAACAUGCUCUUCCUCGAGGCUCCCGCUGGCGUCGGCUUCUCCUACGGCACGACCAAGGCUGACUACAACACCAACGACAACCAGACCGCCUCUGACAGCCACAACGCGCUCAUCAACUUCUUUGCCCUUUACCCCGAGCUUGCCCUUCACGAGUUCUACAUUGCUGGCGAGUCGUACGCCGGUGUCUACGUUCCCUCGCUCGUCUACUCCAUCUUCACCGCCCCGAACAACAACAUCAACCUCAAGGGCAUGCUCGUCGGCAACGGCUGCACUGGCAACAACUUUGGCGCUUGCGGCCCUGCUGGCACCGAGUUUGCCGUCAACUACCUCAUCGGCCACGGUCUGUACAGCGAGAAGCUGGCGCGCCAGAUUCGCAGCGUGUGCACCAACCUGGCCAACCCUUCCCUUGCCUGCAACGUUCUCCUCGACCAGAUGAGCAAGGAGGUUGGUCACGUCAACAUUUACGACUACACCGCUCCCUGCAUCAACAGCCUCACGUCCGCCAAGCUCGGCUUUGAGAACGAGUACGCUCUCCGUCGCAAGUACAUGGGCAACCGCAACCACCCCCUCCUCCAGCAGGACCCCGUCGGCGGCCCCGAUGAAUGCAUUGACGGCUUCUUCCUCACCGCUUACCUCACCAACCCCACCGUCCAGCAGGCUCUCCACGUGCGCACCGAUCUUGGCCAAUGGGCAAUCUGCACUGGCAACAUCACCUACACUUCCAACCUCGACUCGGUCAUGCCCAUGUACCAGACUUUCAUCCCCCACCUCCGCGUCCUCAUCUACAGCGGCCAGAACGACGUCUGCGUGCCCUACACUGCCUCCGAGGAGUGGACUUCUGGUCUUGGCUACCCCGAAGCUCAAUCGUGGCGCUCGUGGUCGUACCAGGAUCCCGAGUCGGGCUUCACCACCCCCGCUGGCUACUACACUUCGUACAACGUCGGCAAGGCUGGUGGCUCGUUCGCCUUUGCCACCGUCACUGCCGCUGGCCACAUGGUUCCCCAGACUGCUCCCCCACAAGGCUAUGCCAUGAUCACCCGCUUCUUGGCUCGCCAAGACCUCUAAGCAACCGUCCAAUGUUUCCCCCGGUUGUUUUGCAUAUUGACCAUCACGAAAAUAGAAGUUCAAUUUCCAAAUUCAUA